AUGAGGCUCGAUUCUUUCUCGCAAGUCUCAGCUCUAGGACCUCUGUCCUCGGCACUGUCCCCAACAGCCGCUCCUCACGUCAUCGCCAUUGAGGAUCCACAACCACCGCCAACUUCCAGGACUAUCUCCUUCUCUCGUCAAUCUCGCUGCCCGUUGCUCCCAUGCCUUCUCAUCAUGCUUCUCCCCACAGCGAUGUCGUGCUUUCUCAUAGCAUCAAACAAAGACCCACAAAGGCAUCCAACCCCAUCUCAAUCUCAGCUAACCUCGAUCGGCUAG